CUGACACACACAGACACAGAGCUCCUGCACAAGACAGCAACAGGGCAACUACAUCUUUAGAUCUGUUACCAAAACCUAACUCCAAGACCGACUAUGGAGGGUCAGCCGGUGGAUACUGAGAUGGCGGAGGCAGCGGCGCAGCAGCCUCCGCACCAACAUCAGCAGCAGCAGCCGGCGAUGGGGGGAGGGAUCGAAAACAUUCCGGCGACGCUGAGCCACGGAGGGAGGUUCAUACAGUAUAACAUCUUCGGGAACAUAUUCGAGGUCACCGCUAAAUACAAGCCCCCUAUCAUGCCUAUCGGCAAGGGCGCUUACGGUAUCGUUUGUUCUGCCUUGAAUUCGGAGACCAACGAGCAUGUUGCAAUCAAGAAGAUAGCAAAUGCAUUUGACAACAAAAUUGAUGCAAAGAGGACUCUUCGCGAAAUCAAGUUGCUCCGGCAUAUGGAUCAUGAAAACGUUGUUGCAAUCAGGGAUAUAAUUCCACCACCUCAGAGAGAAUCAUUUAAUGAUGUUUAUAUUGCAUAUGAGCUAAUGGACACUGAUCUGCAUCAGAUAAUUCGUUCUAAUCAAGCAUUGUCAGAGGAGCACUGUCAGUAUUUCCUGUAUCAGAUUCUCCGUGGUCUAAAAUACAUACAUUCGGCAAAUGUUUUACAUAGAGACCUAAAGCCUAGCAAUCUUCUCCUGAAUGCCAAUUGUGACUUAAAGAUAUGUGACUUUGGACUGGCACGUGUUACAUCAGAAUCUGAUUUUAUGACAGAAUAUGUUGUUACACGAUGGUACCGGGCACCAGAGCUGCUAUUGAGCUCCUCAGAUUAUACUGCAGCUAUUGAUGUUUGGUCGGUGGGUUGCAUUUUCAUGGAGUUGAUGGAUCGGAAACCUCUCUUUCCAGGCAGAGAUCAUGUGCACCAGCUACGUCUACUUAUGGAGCUGAUUGGCACCCCAUCAGAGGCGGAGUUAGAGUUUUUGAAUGACGAUGCGAAAAAGUACAUUCGACAACUUACUCCGCAACGUCGACAGUCAUUAACUGAAAAGUUUCCUAAUGUCCACCCAGCUGCUAUUGAUCUUGUUGAAAAGAUGUUAACAUUUGAUCCUAGACUGAGGAUUACUGUUGAAGAUGCACUUGCUCAUCCUUACCUAACAUCACUGCAUGACAUCAGUGAUGAACCUGUCUGCAUGACUCCCUUUAGCUUUGACUUCGAACAGCAUGCCUUGACAGAGGAACAGAUGAAGGAGCUGAUUUACUGGGAGGCCCUUGCAUUUAACCCCGAGUAUCAGCACCUGUAAAGAGUCGUGCUGUUUCAUUCUUCAAGGCACUGAUGCAAGUGGCUUCUUUGAUUGAUGUGUCCGCAAUUGAUUUCUUUAUGUAUAUAGAAUUCAUCCGGAAGAGGAUGAUUCCUGAAUUGAUUUGGUCAUGGGAAAAUUUAGGAAUGGAAACAAUGUAAGUUCAUGUGAUGUUUGUUUGGGCUGUUUUCAUUUUUCAACUGCUCUUUUUUGAAUUUACCAAUAAUUACAUAUCCGAUUUGACCUAUGGACGAAUAUGUAAGGAUAUGUUUCAUGCUCGUUUGAGUAAUAGCAAUGAGAUUCUCCCAGAUUAGCUAG